UUUUAUGUACUCCAUAGUGAAUUAGUGCAUGCUUCACUGACACUUAAUAUAGCGUAGUUACCACCUGCAGAUGGGUUGAAGGAGAAUCAUUAUUAGAGAAUUAUUACAGAGAAACACAAAUCGAUAUUCUGUAUGUAUUUUUACACUAAAACAAACACCAAAAAUGAUUUGCCGGUUUUAAUUGAAUACAUGCGGCAAAAGUGAUGUCUUCUCAGUGGCAUUCACGAGACCAACCCCUGGCGUGACGCUGGGGCACAUAAAAAAAAACCAAACAUUUUAAGUGCGCGCCUCAUCCAGACAGUACGGUAGGGGAGCCGCCAGGUAGAGGAGGUGAUCGACGGGCAGAGUACAGAGAAGAUACGGACUGGAUUAUUUCUCCACAUCAGUCAGGUACAGACACAGGUAUGGAUGUGAGCCGCCGGGAGGAAUAACGAGGAUAUCUAUGGAGCUGUGCGGUCCCAACAUGAGUGAGAAUGGAGGCUCUCUGUGCCAGGUGAAGCAGCUUCCCCGCCACACUGGUCCCCUUUGCUGCCUGCAGGCCGGUGGACACCACAUGCACAACCUCCCCCACCUCACCCACCAGCCAUGGGUCAGCCACCCAGCCCCGACUUUGGCCUCCACCCCGGCCUUGGCCGUCCGCCACAGGGUGAACGGAGCCAUGACGGCGAGUUGUGGCAGCAGCAGCCAGGAGUGUGCAGCCUCCAGGCUGGGAGAGGAGGCAGGUCUGGCCCGGGGCGGCUCCACGGGGAAGGUGUUAGUUACAGGCGGAGGCGGAUACUUUGGGUUCAGGCUUGGGAGAGAACUAGCCAGUCAGGGGAUGUCAGUGAUCCUUUUGGACAUUAACAAGCCUCCCGGCGAUAUCCCUGAUGGAGCAGUCUUCUAUCAGUGUGACAUCCGGGACAGUUCCUCCCUGUAUAAGGUGUGUGAGGAAGUCGACUGUAUAUUCCACACAGCGUCUUACGGCAUGUCUGGACCAGAACAGCUGAGGAAAGAGCAGGUGGAGUCGGUCAACGUUGGAGGGACCAGUAACGUCAUAAACGUGUGCAAGGAGAGGAGCAUCCCCAGGCUGGUGUAUACCAGUACCAUCAAUGUGGUCUUUACUGGGAAACCCAUAGAGGAGUGUGAUGAGGCUUCGAUGCCGUAUGUGCCCCCCGAAGUUCACAUUGACCACUACUCCAGAACUAAAGCGAUUGCAGAGCAGAUGGUCCUCUCUGCCGACGGAUGCUCGAUGAAAGGUGGAGGCCUGCUGCGCACCUGCGUCCUGAGGCCCUGCGGCAUCUACGGACCAGACGAGAGGAGACACCUCCACAGAGUGAUGAUGAACGUGGAGCGCCGGUUGUUCACCUUCAGGUUUGGCGACCCCCGGGCCAGGAUGAACUGGGUGCACGUAGAUAACCUGGUGUUGGCGCACACGCUGGCAGCCGAGGCUCUCACACUGCAGAGGAGCCACGUGUCUAGUGGACAGGUCUAUUUUAUAAAUGACGGAGUUUCAGUCAAUCUGUUUGAGUGGCUGACGCCGUUGUUUGAAAAUCUGGGCUACAGCCGACCGUCGAUAACCGUUCCUGUGUGGUGCGUCUAUUUAGCAGCCAGCCUGGUAGAAUAUUUACAUGUAGUUCUGAGACCUGUGAUAGAUCUGCCCCUCCUCUUCACCCAAAGCGAGGUGAGGAGCAUAGCUGUGAGCCACACCUUCAAGAUCGACAAGGCCCGUCGAGAGCUGGGUUACUGUCCGAGGCCUUACAACCUGGCGGACUGCAUGGAGCAGUACCUGAAGACCAGACGGCCUCGCUCCGGCUGGCGUCCUCUCGACCUCUCCUCAACCUCCCAGCUGCCCCGACACCUCGUCCUGCUGCUGCUGCUGGGUCUCAGCCUGGUGCUAGUGAUGCUAUCCUGUAUACUCUGUCAGGACUAAACAGUUCUCAGCGGAAAAUGCAGUACGAAUAAGCUGAAUUGUGUUAUGUGUCUUCUCAAAAUGGUCAAUGAAAUUUAUGAUGAAAACCACCAGAUGCAAUAAAAAAACAUGCCCUAAAAUGAGUCAACUUCAGGUUAUGUAAAUUUUUUUUUUUUUUUUUGAUGUUGGUAUGUUUGUGUGUGUAAAAAUGGAGCAACCACGAGGCUGCUGAAAAGUAUUAAACAGGAGUUGUGUGAAUGUUUUGAAUUUUCUCUUACAGUUUGAAGUUACUGUGAUGUCAUUAAAUGGAAAGAAAUAUCUAACUUUGUAUUACAGAUAUUUCCAUUUUUGACUGCAUUUAAAAGCUUCUAUGAUAAAGAUUUGUUGUGAUUUACACAUAAUUAGAGUCAUUUUGUACACUUUUAGCAA